AUGCCAAGCGCGCCGAGGAGCAGCGGCUGCUGCGGGACACGCGCCUCUGGCUGGCUCGGGGUGUACCUGGGCUGUGCCCAGGUGUGCCCAGGUGUGCCCAGGUGUGCUCAGGUGUGCUCACCUGUGCCAGGUGUGGAUGUGGCCGAUGCCAAGCGUGCCGAGGAGCAGCGGCUGCUGCGGGACACGCGCCUCUGGCUGGCCUCGGGCCGUGCCCGGGACCGGCCCCUGGCGGGCGCCGGCGCCAGCGCGCUGCACGUGGCGGCCGCCAAGGGCUACAUCGAGGUCAUGAGGCUGCUGCUGGCCGCCGGCUGCGACCCCGACGUGCGGGACGAGGACGGCUGGACGCCGCUGCACGCGGCCGCGCACUGGGGCGAGCGCGAGGCGUGCCGGCUGCUCUGCGAGCACCUCUGCGACAUGAGCCCCCAAAACAACGUGGGGCAGCGUCCCUGUGACCUGGCGGACGAGGAGACGCUGCCGCUGCUGGAGGAGCUGCAGCGACGGCAGCUGCACGUGAGAGCCCCAAAACGGCCCAAAACCGGCCAAAACGGCCCAAAAACAGCCCAAAAUGGCCCAAAAACGGGCGUGACCCUGCCCGAGCUGCGGGCGGCGGAGCACGGGAUUGGCCGAGGCGCCGAGGGGCGGGGCCAGCAGCAGCCAAUCAGGGACCAGGAGGGGCGGGAGCCCAACCUGGAGGAGGAGCUCAAGGCGCUGUCGGACCUGCGCGCCGAUAACCAGCGGCUCAAGGACGAGAACGCGGCGCUGAUCCGCGUCAUCAGCAAACUCUCCAAGUGACCCCAAAACCCCCGAAUCCGCCCCAAAAAAACCCAAAUCCGCCCCAAAAAAACCCCCAAACCUCCCCCAGCGGGGGCGUGGCCAAAACGAGAAGGGGGCGUGGCCAAAACGAAAAGGGGCGUGGCUGAGCGAAGGGGGCGUGGCCAAUGGAAAUGGGCGGAGCCAAUCACAGUGGGCGCGGCCAAACGAAGGGGGCGUGGCCAAAGCGGAGUGGGCGGAGCCCCGCGUCAAUUGCACUGAAUGGGAACCUGCCAAAGGGGGCGUGGCCAAACGAAGGGGGCGUGGUCUGUGAGCGCCAGGCCCCGCCCCCGCCCAUCCCCGCAUG